AUGUGUACCAUAAGAUCUGACUCUUGUUCGGUGUCGUCCACUGAAAGUUGGAAGAUUGUCCCUGCAAGUGCAACACUGGCAUGGCGACACGUGACUGUCGAAGUGCCGGUGUUGAAGAAGACUGUGGUUCGACUGAAGGAGGAUGUCAGCCCACCGAAUUACAAACAAGCUGUUCGCCUAGUUUCAGGGUAUGCCGAGCCCGGAAAGGUGCUGGCUCUGAUGGGCGCCAGCGGCGCAGGUAAAACGUCUCUCCUGCAAGUGCUCGGGCAGCGAGCCCCGAAGGAUUUUAAGGUUCACGGCGACGUGUACGUGAAUCGUUUUCACGUCGGGGGUCCCAAGGACACGACUAUGUCCUUGGACUCGCCCAAAAACAUAGUUCUGCUAGAAAAGGAGCCGUCGGAGUGGCACUCUCUUGCUCGACUGCGUCUCCCAAGAAGAAUCCCAGCGCGAGAAAGAAAUGCCAGAAUCGAUGCUGUUCUGGAUCAGCUGGGACUGAAGAAAUGCGAAAACACGUGCAUCGGCGUGCCCGGGAAAAUAAAAGGCAUUUCUGGAGGAGAAAAGAAACGUCUCGCAUUUGCCACAGAGAUUUUCACCGAUCCACCAAUUCUAUUUUGCGACGAACCGACCUCUGGAUUGGACAGUUGGACCGCGGAGAGAAUUGUGAAAUGCAUGAGUUUCCUUUCCCGGGGACUAACGCAUUGUGGGGAAUUGCCAGCCAGUGGAGAAACCGUUCAGAAGACCAUCAUUUGCUCCAUACAUCAGCCGUCUUCUUCUGUUUUCUCAUACUUCGAUGAGAUAAUGUUGCUGGCCGAAGGACGUGUUGCAUUUCAUGGCAAGCCGAAGGACGCCCUCAAUUUCUUCAAGAAGGAGGGUUAUCCGUGCCCAUUAACGUUCAACCCUGCGGAUCAUUACAUGUCGGUUUUGAGUCUCAAAAGGAAAGACAUUCCAAGGUCCUUGGAACAAAUGCAAGCUAUCUGCGAUAAUUUCGAUAGUUCUAAUUACGGCAGAAAAAGAUCGAAGACAGUGGAGAAAAUGUGUUCGACCGUGGCAUAUGGCAAAAGCGAACUUCAAAAUCUCAAGAAGGUGCCGGUCCCUUUUUGGUGGGAAAUGUGGGCUUUGAUGAUUCGUUCUGCUCAGGACGCACGAGGAAAUCCCACGUUCAUGAACAAACCGAGAUUGUUUGAGAGAUUUAUGAUGGUAUUGGUUACUUCAUUGGUGUUCACAAACAUGGCCCCGGACCAGCCCGGGAUCCAAGCAUUGACUGGCGCCAUGUGGUUCACCGUGGCUGACAAUACUUUCCCGAAUUCAAACGCAGUCAUGAACAUAUUCCCGCGGCAAAUCAACGUUUUCCUUCGAGAAUUCCGCUCGCACCUUUACUCUGUGCAUUCUUACUACGUUUCCAAGGCGUUGUUCAUGAUUCCGGGAUUCGUGAUUGAGACGAUUACUUACGUAACUAUCUUGUAUCUCAUCGCCGACUUGAGACCAGGGUUGUACUACUUCGGGCAAACAUUAUUGACUGUUCUCCUGAUUGCCAAUACUGCGUCUGCAUUCGGUGCCAUGGUUUCAGCGCCUUUUCAAAACAUGGCGCUGCCCGUGACAAUUGCAAAUCCACUGAUCUACAUUUUGACGAGCUUCGGUGGAUAUUUCUUCAACUUGAAUUCUUGGUCGCCGUACAUAAAAUGGAUUGGAGUUAUUUCUUGGUUUCAUUACGGCUUUGAAAAUCUGAUGAUCACGCAGUUUGGUGGAAACCGCACUUUCGAUUGUGGAGGAAGUUUCGGGAACGUGACAGUGACGAAACAAGGCUGCCUGUCAACAGGACAAGAAGUGCUACAGAAGUACACUUUUGACGAAUUGAAUUUCAAUUACAACAUCGUUUUCCUGGUGUCUCAGUAUUUGGGAUUCCACGUAUGGCUCGCCAGUCGCCAUGAACCUGCUGAAGCCGGAGUUGGGCGCAUCAUCCCUGCUGCUAAGCACAUCGCCUUGGACUUCCCGGGUGUGGAAUGUUUCGUUUCUGGCCAUCCGCAGCAACGCGAGGAUAUGAGUGAAAGAGAUGAACUGCUGGGGACACAGCGUCCGCCUCCAGACGAUACAUUGUGCUUACAAUCGGCGGCGUCUUUUUCAAGCACCGAGAGAUCUUCUGGAAGCAAAAAGGAUUACGGAUCGUCGGCGACGAGCACCGAACUUCUGCACUUCGGCGAAAGCUCUUCGUACGAACGCAGCCUGAACAAUUGCGAAGACAAAUCAAGAACUGCUUCGUUGACGUGGAGGGAUAUCACCGUCGAGGUCCCGCGCCGCGCAAGUGAAAAGGUUUUGAAUCGGAAACGGAACUGGCUUCCCUUCGGGCGAAACUCUUCUACCGAAUUCAAGCACGCUAUUCGCCAUGUGUCUGGAUAUGCGAAGCCAGGAAAAGUACUUGCUAUAAUGGGCUCAAGUGGAGCUGGGAAAACGUCUUUGUUGCAAGUUCUGGGGCAACGUGCUCCGAAGGAGCUGCGCGUUCAGGGGGACGUGUUCGUUAACGGGAUCAACGUGGGGGGCCCGAGGUCCACGACGAUGGCAUAUUUGAGCGGGUUCCUUUAUCAAGACGAUCUUUUCCUGGGCAGUUUAACUGUCAGAGAACAUUUAUCCUUUAUGGCUCGAAUUCGUCUUCCGACGAGUUCAACCUCCGAAGAACGAAAAGCAAGGAUUGACGCAGUGAUUGAACAAAUGGGACUCACCAAGUGCCAAGACACGCCGAUCGGCAUACCUGGAAAAUUGAAGGGAAUAUCUGGAGAUCCGCCGAUCCUCUUGUGCGAUGAGCCCACGACUGGCUUGGACAGUUGGAACGCUGAGCGGAUCGUUCGUUUCAUGAAUUUCCUCGCUCAGGGAAAAACUUACACCGGGGAAACGAGAGAAGGCGGUCACUUUCCUCGAAAAACUGUCAUAUGCACCAUUCAUCAGCCCUCUUCAGCUCUGAUGGGUUAUUUCGAGGAAAUCAUGCUAUUGGCCGAGGGUCGGGUCGCUUUCCAAGGCACGUCUGCGCAAGCACUCGAUUUUUUCAACGGAAUUGGUUAUCCCUGUCCAGCCAAAUACAACCCUGCUGACCACUACAUUGCAGUGUUGAGUGUCAAACGGGGAGAUUUGUCUGGUUCCCUGGUUCAAAUCGAGAAAAUAUGUGAUGUAUUUGAGGAUUCUGCGUUAGGCGAACGUGUUAAUGAAGAAUUGGCUCAAAUGAGCUCACGAAUGUCGGAAUCUACUCGAGUUGACGAUGGGCUGAAUCAGUUGCAAAGUUUGAAAAGGAAAUCUCCGCCGUUUUUAUGGGAAGUUUGGGCACUCCUCAUUCGGUCAGCAAAAGACGCAAAACGAAACCCAAUCGUUACGAAGCCCAGGCUUUUACAGCGGAUCAUAAUGGUGUUCAUUGUGGGAUCAGUAUUCACGAAAAUGGCAUCGGAUCAGCUCGGCAUACAAGCUAUCACUGGUAUAACCUGGAUGAUGAUUGCGCAGAAUUCUUUUCCCACGUCUAAUGCCGUGCUCAACCUCAUGCCUCGGCAAAUUGGACUUUUCUUGAGAGAAUUCCGCUCGGACUUGUACUCCGUGCAUUCGUAUUACUUUUCGAAAGCCUUGUUUCUGAUUCCUGGCUUUGUUCUUGAAGGGUGGUUAUAUGCCUCGUUGCUGUACUUGAUUGCUGAUCUACGACCCGGCCUGAUUUAUUAUGCAUCCACUUUAUUAUCCUUAAUACUGAUCGCAAAUACCGCUUCGGCAUUUGGAGCGAUGGUGUCCGCGCCUUUCCGGAAUGUGGCUAUUCCAAUAUCAAUUAUUAACCCACUGUCAACAAUCCUGGUCAGCUUUGGUGGGCUUUUCUUUAAUCUCAGCGUGGUUUCUCAGUCCGUGAAAAUGUCGGAAGAUAUCGGUGAUCAUGAGACGUUCGAAUCCGCGGACUCUGGAGCAUCUUCCACCUUCCCCAUGCAAUGCUCUGCUCUACGCAAGAACGGAUUCGUCAUGCUGAAGGGUCGUCCUUGCAAAAUUGUCGAAAUGUCCACUUCGAAGACCGGAAAGCACGGGCACGCUAAGGUUCAUCUGGUUGGGUUAGACAUUUUCACCAACAAGAAGUUCGAAGAUAUUUGCCCUUCUACUCACAACAUGGAAGUGCCGGUCGUCAAACGUAAUGAUUUUCAGUUGGUUAGCGUUUCCGAUGACGGCUAUUUGUCGCUGGUGACGGAUUCCGGUGACUUACGUGAGGAUCUGAAGUGCCCAGACGGUGAUCUGGGGUCUCAGUUGCGCACAGAUUUUGAUGCCGGCAAAGCGCUGAUGUGCACGGUUUUGAAGGCUUGUGGCGAAGAAGUUGUGAUCGCUUUAAAGCCGGACACCUCUGCCGACAAAUAAGCUUGACGCCUUGUUGAAACCGCCGUCUGGAACAUCAUGAAUGAAUCAAGAACGUUGAAGGAGCAUUGAGAGAUACGAUGACGUGCGGAGAGAAAAUCGGGAGGGAGGGGAUAAUCAGUGAAUUUAGGGUGG